AUGUAUGGUCAGGGCCAUCAAGGACAGCAUGUCAUGAUGAAUGGCGGUCAAGCCCAUCAGAGGUUUGGCAUGCAGGUCCCUAAGUUCCAGUCGCAAAACCAUCAUCCCCACCAUGCGCAGCAACAACAACAACAUCACCACGCCCAUCACACACAAGCUACGCACACCCUCACCCAACACCACAACUUCUCCACCGGCGCUCUUUCAACGACUACCCCUCAUUUCACGCCGACCCACCUCCAGAAUGGCGCGCCGAAUGCGGUGGAUGACAUGGAUGAUUCUAUGAAUGAGCACUGGCAGCAUCAACUUCAACUUGCUGCCGAGUCGCGACAAGCCAGCUCCCCUCACUACUAUGCACGUGUCAUGGCGCAGCAGUCCAAGGGCAUUCAGAUUUUGCCUAGUCAAGCAGAUACGUCGGAACAGGGAGCUGAUGGGCGCAAUGGAACCGCCGCGGGGAAGCAGGCUUCCCGACAAGGUUGGAACGCGCUGGAUUUUGGUGGCCAGGGAUUACGUGCCAUGGCCACCUCUCUUUUCAGCUAUGGCUUCCUUGAGAAGCUAUACCUAAACCACAACAAGUUGAAAGCGCUUCCUUCGGCAAUUGGCCAGCUUCGGAAGUUAACUCACCUCGAUCUUUCCGGCAAUGAAUUGACUGAGCUCCCUGAGGAGAUCGGCAUGCUGUCGCACCUCAAGAAGCUCUACCUUUUCGAUAACAACAUUCGCACCCUCCCUUACGAGAUGGGUUACCUGUAUCGAUUGGAAACCUUGGGCAUUGAAGGCAACCCUCUUGACGACGUUUUCAAGUCUCAGAUCAUGAAGGAUGGAACCAAGGCAUUGAUCAAAUACCUGAAGGAAGAGAUGCCUGUUCAUCUUCCUCCGCCCGAUCGAGACUGGGUCAUCCUUGACGAAACCGCGAGCUCGCCUAACAACCCCGCCGAGAAGAUAACCGUGCUCUCCUACAACACUCUUUGCGAUAACUCUGCCACCGAACAGCAAUAUGGCUACGCCGCCUCCCGUGUUCUUUCUUGGGAGUUCCGCCGUGAACUCAUCCUCAACGAAUUACGAUCUCACAACUCAGAUGUUGUCUGUCUUCAGGAAGUUGACAAAGGCAGCUUCAACAACUUCUUCCGAGAGCAACUGGCCUACAACGACUACAAGGGCAUCUAUUGGCCGCGUGGACGUGCUUCGCGCCUGGACGAUGCAAACAGGAUCGACGGUUGCGCCAUAUUCUUCAAGAGCAGCAAAUACAUCUUGCUGGAUAAACAGUUGAUCAACUUUAGCCAGUCUGCUGUGGCGCGGCCUGAACAUAAAGGCAAUGGUGCGGAUGAUAUCUACAAUCGUCUGUGGCUGAAAGAUCACAUUGCAGUUGUCGUCUUCUUGGAGAACCGUCAGACCGGAACGCGUUUCAUCGUUGUAAACUGCCAUCUAUACUGGGAUCCUGCAUUCAAAGAUGUCAAGCUAAUCCAAGCUGCUAUCAUGAUGGAGGACUUGACGGAGCUUGCGGAGAAGUACGCCAAAUGGCCCGAGUGCAAAGACAAGGCCGCAUUCCGGUUCUCAGAGGCAGAAAGCGGCUCUGAGAGCACCCCGACGGUGGAGCCUGCGCGGUCAGCGGAGUAUGCUAGCGGCGACCAAAUUCCUCUACUUAUAUGUGGUGACUUGAAUUCUUCGCCUGGGUCCCCGGUUCACACUCUGAUCAACUCUGGUCAACUGACCAAGGAGCAUUCCGAACUUGAUGGUCGCCUCUACGGUAGAUACCAAAAGCAGGGUAUGAAGCAUCCAUUCAAGCUUAAGUCAACCUACGGCGCAAUCGGGGAACUGAGCUUUACCAACUACACGCCGGACUUCAAGGACAUUCUCGAUUAUAUGUGGUACACCACCAACACACUCCAUGUGUCGGCGUUGUUGGGUGAGGUGGACAAAGACUACCUCAGCCGGGUGCCAGGGUUCCCAAAUUUCCAUUUUCCUAGUGAUCACGUUGCAUUGUUCGCGGAGUAUACCGUCAAGGGGAAAAAGGGUAAAGUUGUCGAAGCGGAUUUUGGGCCACAACGACACUGA